AGAACCAGACAGAGAAGAGUUGUGUGGCUAUACUUUCUUUUCUUUUUAUUAUAGGACAUGGACUCAAAGCUGCAAAAUGACUUUUGUGAAGAGCCUGUUAAUCGCAUUUACUCCACAAGCCUCAAGGUGUUUGGAGAUGGAAGAUGAAUGGGAAGAAGAGGAGCAGCUUGUUGUGGUGGAGCUCUCUGGAAUAAUCAACAAUGACUUUCUGUCCAAAUGUCGGACCACUUGUAAGAUACUGGAUAUAAAUAGUGAAAGGCCCAUGAUGCAGGUUGGACAAUAUGUGUUUGCAGGGGAAUAUGAAGACGCUUUGGGAACUUGUGUGCUUUUUGAAGAGGUAUCAAAAAAAGCUGCAGGAAAAACAGACAGUUGUCCUGGCCUCAAAUACAUUUGCCACACUGUUAAGAAACUGACGAUGCAACGAAUCUUUCUCACUGAGAAGAGGGAGGGUGAAAUGAUAGCAGAGAAACAUGAUGACAAGCAGCAGGUCACAACCUGUUUGUCUAAUCAAACAGACACUGACAGCACACAUGGCAUGAUAGAAGAAAGUCUGAACAACGCAGAUUUGGACGACUCUGCAUUCGACUGAGAUAGACAUUUUAUAUUAUGACUCCUCAAUGCGAGGAUAAGAAAUGUGCCACACAGUCAAGAACUUGGGUUUAUUGGUCUUUGCACUUCUACAGCAAAAUAGAGAUGUUGUUCUUUCUGUGAAAUAAAAUCAAUUAUUUUUGUGGAA